CUUUUGGAGGAACUCCCUUGUUUUCGUUUAUUUUUCGCAAGAAAUAUCUUGAUGGUCCAUCGUCAAAAUGUUCCAGAAUGUCUCGAAAGCACCUUUUGGCGUGGUGCCAAUCCUUUUUGUAAAAAGCAUCUAGGCCCGACUUGUAUUUUUGGAAGAAGAAGAAGCUUUUGAUGUAUUUGUCUCUAAUUUUCCUCAUGUCGGGUGAUUGCCAAACAUUUUGAGCGUAAAGUGCCGGGCCAGAUGGGAGCACGAGCUCUCGAUGUUCUUGGAGAAAGUUUCUGUUGUCAUCGAAAUGGCCUAGACGGGAGUUUGAACUUGGUUCGACAUGACUUUGCUGGCUAUUAUUACUGUUGCCACCCAUAAGAUCACGAGCAUUCAUUAGAGAUGUCCUUGAGCCACGACCUUUUCGUCUCUUUCGAAUUGUUUGCUUCAAACUAGAGUUAGAUAGUUUAUCACUUUCACCCAUUGUCACAUUAUGAAGAGUCGCAUCUGCUUGUUGAAUUGCAUCGACAUCCAUAUCAAACGUGAAAAGAUCCAUGAAUUCACCCUGCCGAUCAUAAUCUUCAAAGUAUCCGUCGUCUUUGUCACGAAUCAAGAUGUGAUCAAUCUUUCUACAACGACCUUGAGUACGAGAGUGUAGUAGACGGUGGAAUUCGCCUGACAUCAUCAUCUUCAAUCCAUACUUUUUUGUGGACGAUUCAAGAAAUUCAGCUCUUUCGACUGACUCAGAAACAUAUGUUGCAUCGAUCUUACGCUGCGAACCUAUCGCUCCUUGAACAGCCUUUCCUGCGUGCAAGCCGAACCCCAUUUGUACAACCGAUCCAGUUCGAUCUUUCAAUUUGGAUUUUAGUCUUCCUCUCGCUGCAUCACUUAGCGGCUCAAGAAAGAAAUUGUCGUACGUCAGAGCGAUACAUAUUUUGAUCACAGACAACAGAGCCUUGUCUGCCUGACUUUUAUCUGCUUUCAAGGCUCCAUCACCACCACUAGCGCCGUUAUCAUCAAGCGACCAGCUCAAGAGAAACGCAUCUCCUAUGUUCUUAUUGGCGGCGCCACCAUAACUAUUGCAUAUCGAAUGUACCACAGCUGCAAUUCGAUUUGUGAAGACAAACACUUCUUCUUGUAGUUGCUCUGUAGCGUCAGUGAACUGACGAAUAUCAGAAAAGAGGAAAAUACAAGAUACGGUCGUACCCUGCGAGUUCAGAAUUAGCAUAUUUUUCUGGUGGCCCUUUUCUAAAUUGUUUUGAAUGAUUUCAACACCAGCUGAUCCAAAUCCAACUUUCAUCAAUGAUCCAAUACGUAAAAUAGUAGAUUUGAGGAAUGAUGUCUCCAUACCCUUCAACACCUCUCUUGACCAUCUSGUAUUUCUCGAGAGCUCGUCGUCGUCACGAAGAAACUCCUUGUAGCGGGCUGUCGACUGGUAACCGAGUGGAUCUACUGUAAGCAUACCCAGUAAACGCACCAUUUGUUCUACUGGUGCAAUCACCAGUAGCAUGACAGGGCCAGAGAAAGAAAGUACACCGGCAUACCAGAAAAUAAUGAUGAAAAUGGUUGCAACGAUAUCAAGUAUGGCUSCUCGUUUGACGGUGCGCGAAUUAUCGAACCAACCGGUUGAUGUUCCAUAAAGUAAUGAAUCAGUU